ACCAAAAACAAUCAAAUGCACAUCAUCAAAACUGUGACCCUAUCAUUUGUUGAUCGCUGUCUGUGAACCCGCCAGAGCGAUUUGAUAGGCGUGGCGCGCUGCAGUGAGGCCGACAGCGAAAGGGACCCCAUCAUUGUAGCACCCAGACAACCGCGUCGUUUCGGGCCCCCUUCCACCAUCCAUCCCAUCCACGUCAAUUCCAGGCGCGGAGAGACGGCGACGACAAGCGAUGGUGGCCUCAAAAAUCACCCAUGAUUACUACGCCGUCCUCGGCAUCACACAAACUGGGGAUGAAGCCGUGAUCAGGGCCAGCUACAAACGCCUGGCCAAGCUGCGGCACCCCGACAAGAACCUCGCCAACCCGAAUGCGACUGCCGAAUUCCAGUUGGUAUGCUCCCGAACAUCCAGUCCAUACUCUCCGUAUAAUGCUGACAUAUGUGCCCUCGCCCGCAGCUAAACGCCGCCUACUCGACGCUAAUAGACACGACCAAGCGGCGAGACUACGACACCUUCCACUACCCCUUGGUCCGAUCGAAACAACCUCCCAAACCACCACCACCAACCAACCCACCCC